UACAGGCCGUUUCACGUUUCACAUUUCACGAGUAUGCCCACACAAACUUUUAGCUGAUUUGGCUUGCAGUUCACAUUUAUUUUCACACACUGCUUGCUGCGCCUACAUUGAGACAUUUCUCUGCUAUUCACAGUCUUUAAAUCUAUAUAUUUUUUGCUGUCAUUAAAGGACAAAUCUAUUUGCUUAUAGCAGCACUUGUAAAUAGUAUCUGUUUGGUGGCAUAAUGGUAAACAGAGUGCGGUGGUGUGGCAGCGGCCCGGUUUGAAUCCUGUCCGUAGUGUUAUGCAUAAAUAUACUUUUUUUCACGUCUGGUGUCUUGUCCUGAAGAGGGUCUUUUUCCUCCUGUUCAGCAGUCAAACUGAUGAACCCUCAUUCUCCUCUGUGACUCUGAUUGAUGGAUCACCGCGGAUGUGUAUUUGUCUUCCUCAUCAAAGCCUCAGACUCUUAACCACUGACACAAGGGGGGAUUGUUUGAGGAAACAGUUGUGAUUAUUUAAUGUUGCAGAAAUUACACUCUUCAGUUUUAGAGAAAAGACACAGAAAAAUUAUGAGAUGCUUGCCUGAACUUUUUAUGAUCAUAAAAGUUUUGUUUUUAGACUCUUGGCGUGAAUUAGGCACAUCUCAAUCCUUCCUGUCCUGGCAACCCAAAUGUCACAUGACUCACACAUCGACCACCAACAGUUUCCAUUUUGAGUUCAUUUCCGACUUCAGUUUUAAAAGCAGGCUAAUGAAAUGCAAAUCAUUGCAGCUAAACAAUCUGAAACUGGAACAAACAACAGCAUUAACACAGUGUUAUAAUGAAUGACAUCAAGAGAUCAGAGAUAACUGAAGUUAUAUAUGAUGAUGUGAUGUUGAUGACUGACACUGUGGAAAUGGACCAAGGAGAAAGAGUGGAGAUGAUGGUGGAUAUCUAUGACAGUGCAGAUACAAGACAUCUUGAUCUGAGGACAAACACAGAGAGACAUCAGCCACUUCAACACACUGGAAGUGUCUCAGUGAAGAACAGAAGGCACAGAGCAGUUGAAGUGUGUUUGUGUCUGCUGUGUGUUCUUCUGCUGACUGCUGUUAUGAUGCUCUGUGUGUAUUUCACCACCGAGAGAAACCAGUUACUAACCCACAUUAAUAAUCUGGCUGAGGAAAGAGAGCAAACACUUACCAAAUAUGAGCAGAUACUGAACAACAGUAAAAAUCUGACUGAGGAAAAAGAGCAGAUACUUACCAAAUAUGAGCAGACACUGAACCACAGUAAAAAUCUGACUGAGGAAAGAGAACAGAUAAAUAACAAGAUUGAUGAAAUCCAACAUGUCCUUUAUGAACAAGAUCAGCGUGCUGAAAACUUUAAAUGGAUUUACUACAACUUCAGUUUUUAUUAUAUUUCAUCUGAGACGAAGACAUGGAUUGACAGCAGACGAGACUGUCAACAGAGAGGAGCAGAUCUGGUGAUCAUAAACAGCAAAGAGGAACAAGAGUUUUUGCAGAAGGUUGCAGGUAAUGAUCAUUUUUGGAUUGGUCUGAAGAAAACAGAGAGAGUAUGGAAAUGGACCGAUGGCAACACAAUAACAAAAAGGCUGAUGAUAUGCCAAGCAUUGCAGCCUACACCAUCUGAAGCUAGAACAACAGCAGCAUUAACUAUUAACAGUGUUAUAAUGAAUGACAUCAAGAGAUCAGAGAUAACUGAAGAAAUAUAUGAUGAUGUGAUGUUGAUGACUGAGACUGCGCAAAUGGACCGAGGAGAAAGAGUGGAGAUGAUGGUGGAUAUCUAUGACAGUGCAGAUACUGAGAGACAUCUUGAUCUGAGGACAAACACAGAGAGACAUCCGCCACUUCAACACACUGGAAGUGUCUCAGUGAAGAACAGAAGGCACAGAGCAGUUGAAGUGUGUUUGUGUCUGCUGUGUGUUCUUCUGCUGACUGCUGUUAUGAUGCUCUGUGUGUAUUUCACCACCGAGAGAAACCAGUUACUAACCCACAUUAAUAAUCUGACUGAGGAAAGGCAGCAGAUACUCACCAAAUAUGAGCAGAUACUGAACCACAGUAAUAAUCUGACUGAAGAAAAAGAGCAGAUACUUACCAAAUAUGAGCAGACACUGAACCACAGUAAAAAUCUAACUGAGGAAAGAGAGCAGAUUAAUAACAAGAUUGAUAAACUCCAACGUGGCAUUUGCAAACAAGAUCAGCGUGCUGACAACUUUAAAUGGAUUUACUGCAACUUCAGUUUUUAUUAUAUUUCAUCUGAGAUGAAGAGAUGGAUUGACAGCAGACGAGACUGUCAACAGAGAGGAGCAGAUCUGGUGAUCAUAAACAGCAAAGAGGAACAAGAGUUUAUGCAGAAGGUUGCAGGUAAUGCUAAGUUUUGGAUUGGUCUGAUUAAAACAGAGGGAGAGUGGAAAUGGAUCGAUGGCACCACAAUAACAAAAGGAUACUGGAAAGAACAGUCCCAGUCUUCAAAUUGCGCUCUAAUUACCUCAUCAGGUUGGGAUGAUUGGCCAUGCAGACCUAGUUUUUUUGCACCCAAAAAAUAUAUAUGCAAGAAAACAAUUUUGAAAUCAGCAUAAAAUAAUCUCAUUGCAUAAAAUUAAAUAUGUACAUAUUGUCACAGGCAAAUAAUGGGGAUUCAGUCACAUAUGUUAUAUAGUAACAAUUUAUUAGGCAAGUUCAGAAUGUAGUAGAUGGAGGGUCAGAAGGUUAGUGCAGAUGAUUGCCGAUCUUGGCAACAGAGGAACACAGUUGGCAAAUGAUCCUGGUGAAGAAACCAGCUGAGAUGAGUCCACAGACACGGGAAAAGAAUCCCCAAAGGAACACGAAGAAAUUCCAGAGAGAUCGAACAGGAACUGGACGGAAGAAGAACAACAAACAAUCUGACAACACAGGACAGAUAGCACAUACAAAUCGCUGGGCUGAUGAGCCUUGCCGUCGCUGAUCAACUCAUCAGAGAGAGAGAGAGAGACUUUGAAUUUAAAAAAGCAUUUCGGCAUGGCAUAAUGGACUUUUCCUGAAACUAAUCCAAAAUGGAAUAGGAGGAAGGACAAAUGACAUCAUAAGGACAUAUACAAUGGGAACAAAUGAUUAGUUUGAUUGUAUGUCCUUUGACAUACAAUCAAAUGAUACAAAUGAUUAGUAUGUCCUUAUAAGGACAUAUACAAUGGGAACAUUUUGGAUUAGUUUUCCUGAAACUAAUCCAAAAUGAAAUAGGAGGAAGGACAAAUGACAUCAUAAGGACAUAUACAAUGGGAACAAAUGAUUAUUUCAGUAAAACUAAAGGAGUCCGUCAAGGCUGCAGCCUCACCCUAACUCUAUUUAAUAUCUAUAUUAAUGAAUUAGCAUCAACACUUGAGAAGUCCUCUUGUCCAUGUCUGACCCUUGAGGACAGAGAAAUCAAAAGCCUCCUAUACGCUGAUGAUCUCCUCAUGAAGAGGGUCUGCACCAAAGCCUCUCGCUUCUAGAACACUACAACAGCGACUGGGCCUUACCAAACAUGAAGAAGUCCAAUAUCAUGAUCUUUCAAAAAAAAAAAAAAAAAAACUCUCCUUACUGACAAGAAACACAAAUUUACGCUUGGGGGAACAAUCCUUAAUCAUGUCAUCUGUUAUAAUUAUUUAGGUCUGACAAUCUCAGCUUCUGGAAAAUUUGACACUUAAAAAAUCUGACUGAUAAAGUACGUAGGGCUUAUUAUAGUAUAAGAAAACCCCAGUUCAAAUUUAACCCACCCAUUAAACUAUGGCUGAAAGUCUUUGACAGUAUUAAACCCAUCCUUCUAUACGGCUGUGAAAUCUGGGGCCCCAAAUUUAAACAAAAUUCCGAAUCCUAGGACAAAACCCCCACUGAAACUUUCCACCUUGAGUUCUGCAAGAAAAUCCUGGAAACUCACAGAAACGUUCAAGUCUGGCAGAAUUAGGCAGAUUCCCUCUCCUAUCUGAAAUCCAGAAGAGAGCAGUGAUGUUCACGCAGACGGAGAGCUACAUCACGGUGCUCUCAAAUACGGGGCAAGACACACAGAGAGUGACCCCCAUUUUGGGAGAGAAAGCAGAGAGUAUUUACCUGGCAGCGCAUGUGCCAUCAUAUGAGGGUUACCUUAAACUGCUCUCUGUACUU